AUGGAGUUCAAUGGUGUUAUUCAGAAGAAUAGUUUAUCAGGAAAUGGAAGAGAUCUGAGAUUUGCAACAUUUGCCUACUUCAUUUACCUAGCAAAAAUUAUAUAUGACCUGAGGACAGAUGAAAAAAAAUUUCAGAUUCAUGUUGCAUCUAGUGGAAUCGGCACAUUUGCAAUUCAGAUAGCUAAACACCAAGGAGUGAGGGUAUUUGUCACUGCAGGGAGUGAGGAGAAAUUGACUUUCUGCAAGAAUCUUGGAGCCGAUGUCUGCAUCAAUUAUAAGACUGAAGAUUUUGUUGCACGGGUGAAGGAAGAAACAGGAGGGAAAGGUGUUGAUGUUAUACUGGACAAUGUUGGGGGUUCCUACUUCCAACGAAACCUUGACAGCUUAAAUGUUGGUGGUAGGCUUUUUAUUAUUGGGUUCAUGGGUGGAGUAGUUACAGAAGUGAAUCUUGCAGGCUUGCUCGCAAGACGCCUUACGGUACAAGCUGCGCGCUCGAGGAAUAGAAGCCCUGAAAACAAAGCAGUGAUUGUGAGUGAGGUGGAGAAGAAUGUUUGGCCAGCAAUUACUGCAGGCAAGGUAAAACCUAUUGUUUACAAGUCCUUUCCAUUGGCUGAAGCAGCAGAGGCUCACCAGCUCAUGGAAAGCAGCAAGCAUAUUGGGAAGAUAUUGUUGGUUCCAUCAGCACUUUUAGAUUAGGCCAAC